AUGCAGGGAUACGGGUACGGACACCCGCCGCAAGGGUACGCGCAAGCGCCGGCGCCGGCGCAGCAGCAAAAUGGAAACUGGAAGGACACGCUCGCGAUUCCGGCGAAGGACACGCGGUAUCGCACGGAGGACGUCACGGCUACGAAGGGUAAUGAGUUCGAAGAUUACUUCUUGAAGAGAGAACUCCUGAUGGGGAUCUUUGAGAAGGGUUUCGAGAGACCUUCGCCAAUUCAGGAGGAGUCGAUCCCGAUCGCGCUCACAGGACGGGACAUUCUCGCGCGGGCAAAAAAUGGGACGGGUAAGACGGCUGCGUUCAGUAUUCCCAUCCUCGAAAAGGUAGACACCAGUAAAAAUAUCAUUCAAGCUGUGAUUUUGGUACCCACGCGAGAGUUGGCGCUGCAAACGAGUCAAGUUUGCAAAGAGCUUGGAAAGCACUUAGGGGUCGCUGUCAUGGUGACUACGGGAGGUACAUCCCUAAAGGACGACAUCAUGCGCUUACACCAACCAGUGCACGUUGUCGUCGCCACCCCCGGUCGUCUCGUCGACCUGGCGAGUAAGGGCGUAGCCAAGCUGGGCCAAGCCACGAUGCUGGCCAUGGAUGAGGCAGACAAGCUCUUGUCCCCUGAGUUCCAACCCGUUAUUGGUCAAGUCAUCAACUUCAUGGCCAAGAACCGACAAAUUCUACUCUACUCCGCGACGUUCCCAGUGACCGUCAAGGACUUCAAGGAUAAGUACUUGCGCAAGCCGUACGUCAUUAACCUCAUGGAGGAGCUCACUCUGAAGGGUAUCACCCAAUACUAUGCGUUUGUCGAAGAAAGGCAAAAGGUUCACUGCCUCAACACGCUCUUUAGCAAGCUCCAAAUCAACCAAUCCAUCAUUUUCUGCAACAGCGUUACUCGUGUUGAGUUACUGGCUAGAAAGAUCACGGAGCUCGGAUAUUCAUGCUUCUACAUUCACGCCAAAAUGAUUCAGGCGCACCGUAACCGUGUUUUCCACGAUUUCCGCAACGGCGCAUGCCGUAACUUGGUGUCGUCGGAUCUCUUCACUCGUGGUAUCGACAUUCAAUCCGUCAACGUUGUCAUCAACUUUGACUUCCCGAAGAACUCUGAGACGUACUUGCACAGAGUUGGUCGAUCUGGCCGUUUCGGUCACUUGGGUAUCGCUGUGAACCUCAUCACGUACGACGACCGAAUGAACUUGUUCCGCAUCGAACAAGAGCUCGGCACGGAGAUUCAACAAAUUCCGUCUCAAAUUGAUCCGUCUAAGUACUGCCGCUAG